CGCGAACCUCGUUCUGGUAGUUCAGACCUUCCCCCUCAACACUUCUGUCAUAGAGUGAGCCACCUUCACUUAGAAGAACAUGCAGAGAGCCUCACGCUUAAAGCGGGAAUUGCAGCUAUUAGCCACAGAGCCACCCCCAGGCAUAACUUGCUGGCAGAAUGCAAACCAAAUGGAUGAUCUCCGAGCCCAGAUUUUGGGUGGGACCAACACACCCUACGAAAAGGGCAUUUUCAAGCUGGAAGUCUCCAUUCCUGAAAGGUACCCAUUUGAACCUCCAAAGAUACGCUUUUUGACUCCGAUCUAUCACCCUAACAUUGACUCUGCAGGGAGGAUCUGCCUGGAUGUCCUUAAACUGCCCCCAAAGGGAGCUUGGAGACCAUCCCUGAACAUUUCCACUGUGUUGACCUCCAUCCAGCUCCUCAUGUCUGAGCCCAACCCUGAUGACCCCCUCAUGGCUGACAUAUCUUCUGAGUUUAAGUACAACAAGCCAACCUUCCUCAAGAAUGCCAGACAGUGGACUGAGAAGCAUGCUCGUCAGAGGCAACAGGCCGAAGAAGAUGAGGAGAUAGAGAAUCGACCAGAGCCCAGUAACCCCAAAGUUGCAGAAGCACCACAGAAAAGAAAAGGCUCCAAGCUGGGGGGCCUGGAGAAGAGACUUUGCCCAGAUGCUUAGGAGGAACCCGACAUUAGCUGUCUCAGUUGAUAUCUUUCUGUUUCUGUCAAGGGUUCUGAUCGGGCCUGGUCCUUUGGAAUGUUUUUCUUGGCCUUUGAUGAGAGUAGCAUGGUUUUUCCUGC